AAAGAAAUAAAAUAAUAUUCAAAUAUCAAAACAUAGAACCUGCAUAAGAUAUGUAGAUAAAAUCAUGGAAAUGGCCAAGGUGUAGUAUAAAUAGGACCUCUAUGGUUGCCCAAAGGCACAUAACAAACAACAAUAUUCUACGUAGUACGUAGUUCAUAGAAUUAUCUACGAGGAUGUUGAAAAGAAUGGGGGCUUGGAUGUUGCUAGCAUUAUUCACUUUGGUUGGCGAAUGGUAUGGUCGUUGUUAUGGGUGUUUGGAGGAAGAGAGAAUUGGUCUCUUCGAGAUCCAAUCUUCGAUCGACCCAGAUGGCGUUUUCUUGGGAGAUUGGAGAUUGGAGAAUGGUAAUUGUUGCGAGUGGGAUGGGAUCGAGUGUGAUAACACUACAAGGCGAGUGAUCCAGCUCUCUCUUAGAGGUGCAAGGGAUUUCAGCUUGGGCGACUGGGUUCUCAACGCAUCUUUGUUUCUGCCUCUUAAAGAAUUGCAAAGUCUUGAAUUGGGAGAGACUGGAUUGGUUGGUUGCUUGGAGAAUGAAGGCUUCGAAGUCCUAUCAUCAAAACUGAGCAAUCUUGGCCUGAGUGGCAAUCAAUUUAAUGAUAAAAGUAUUUUGUCAUGCUUGACUGGGCUUUCCACUCUCAAGUCUUUGGAUCUAUCAUAUAAUGAGUUGACAGCUGGAUCAGGAGUCUUGUCAUCAAGGUUGAAAAAACUGGAGAACCUUGAUCUACAUGGGAAUCAAUGCAACGAUAACAUUUUUCCAUCUCUAACUGGAUUUUCAUCUCUCAAGUCUUUGGAUCUGUCGUACAAUAAGUUGACAGAAUCAGGAUUUGAGAUCAUAUCAUCACAUUUGGGGAAACUCGAGAACCUGGACCUGCACUAUAAUUAUAUAUUCAACGACAACAUUUUAUCACAUCUGCGUGGAUUUUCUUCUCUCAAGUCUUUAGAUCUAUCAUUUAAUGAGUUCACAGGAUCGACGACUGUCAAUGGGACUUUCUUCAAUUCUAGCACCCUUGAAGAAUUGCAUCUAGAUCAUACUUCUCUCCCAAUAAACUUUCUCCAGAACACUGGAGCAUUGCCUGCUCUUAAAGUUUUGUCUGCUGGUAAAUGUGACCUCCAUGGCACCCUACCCGCUCAAGGUUGGUGUGAAUUGAAGAAUCUAAAGCAGUUAAAUCUCGCUAGAAAUAAUUUUGGAGGUUCACUCCCAGAUUGUUUGGGGAACUUGUCAUCUCUACAACUAUUAGAUGUUUCUAAGAACCAGUUUACUGGAAAUAUUGCCUCUGGUCCUCUUACCAAUCUCGUAUCCCUUGAAUUCCUCUCACUAUCAAAUAACCUCUUUGAAGUUCCCACUUCAAUGAAGCCUUUUAUGAACCAUUCAAGCCUCAAGUUCUUCUCCAGUGAGAACAACAGACUAGUAACAGAACCUGCUGCCAUUGAUAAUUUGAUUCCAAAGUUCCAACUAGUCUUUUUUAGCUCGUCAAAAACAACAGAAGCACUCAAUGUAGAAAUUCCCGACUUUCUCUAUUACCAAUACGAUUUAAGAACCCUUGAUCUCUCCCACAACAACAUCACCGGAAUGUUUCCAUCGUGGUUGCUUAAGAACAAUACACGAUUGGAGCAACUAUAUAUGAGCAAGAACUCCUUUGUUGGGGCUUUGCGGUUGCAAGAUCACCCCCAUCCAAAUAUGACCGAAUUAGAUAUAUCCAACAACAACAUGAACGGUCAAAUUCCAAAAUAUAUUUGUCUGAUCUUUCCAAAUCUAAACAGCUUAAGGAUGGCUAUGAAUGGAUUCACAGGUUGUAUUCAUUCUUGUUUAGGAAAUAUUAGCUCUCUUUCAGUUUUAGAUUUAUCCAACAAUCAAUUGUCCACAGUAAAACUAGAACAACUAACAACAAUACGGUUUCUCAAGCUGUCAAACAACAAUUUGGGUGGGCAAAUACCGAUCUCGGUGUUCAAUUCUUCUACCUUAGAAUAUCUCUACCUAGGUGGUAACAACUUUUGGGGUCAGAUUUCAGAUUUUCCAUUAUAUGGGUGGAAUACGUGGGCUGUAUUGGAUUUGAGUAACAAUCAAUUUUCAGGCAUGCUUCCAAGGUGGUCCAUCAAUUCUACGGGACUUGAAGCUCUUGAUUUGUCCAAAAACCAUUUUAAGGGUCCGAUCACAAGAGACUUUUGUCAGCUUGGCCAGCUUGAAUAUUUGGACCUUUCUGAGAACAACAUCACUGGAUACAUACCAUCUUGUUUCAGUCCACCAUUUCUAAUCCAUAUGCAUCUAUCCAAAAAUAGAUUGAGCGGUCCAUUAACAUAUGAUUUUUAUAACAGCUCUUCCCUGGUUACGAUGGAUCUUCGAGACAACAACUUCACCGGCUCCAUUCCAAAUUGGAUUGGCAAUCUUUCAUCAUUGAGUGUUCUUCUUAUGAGGGCUAAUAAUUUUGAUAGUGAGCUCCCUGUUCAAUUAUGCUUGUUAGAACAAUUAAGCAUUUUUGAUGUUUCACAAAACCAGCUCUCUGGUCCACUACCCUCCUGUUUGGGCAAUCUUACUCUCAAGGAAAGUUCCCAGAAAAUUUUCGUGGAUCUCGGAUAUGAUUUUCCGUUAGGGUCCAUAGAAAAAGCUUAUUAUGAAACAAUGGGUCCACCACUAGUGGAUAGUAUGUACAACUUGGGAAAGGAUUUUUGGGUUAACUUUACAGAAGAAGUGAUAGAAUUUACAACUAAAAAUAUGUAUUAUGGUUACAAGGGAAAAGUUCUGAGCUACAUGUAUGGUAUUGAUCUCUCCAAUAACAACUUCGUAGGAGCAAUCCCAUCAGAAUUUGGAAACUUGAGUAAGAUAUUGUCAUUAAACUUAUCACACAACAAUCUCACUGGAUCUAUCCCUACAACAUUCUCAAACCUAAAGCAGAUUGAGAGUUUGGAUCUUUCUUACAACAACUUAAAUGGUGUCAUCCCUCCACAACUUACUAAAAUUACCACACUGGAAGUUUUUAGUGUGGCGCACAAUAACUUGUCAGGUAAGACACCCGAGAGAAAAAAUCAGUUUGGGACCUUUGAUGAAAACUGUUACGAAGGAAAUCGUUUCUUGUGUGGACCUCCAUUGCAAAACAAUUGUAGUGAAGAAGCAGUGCCGUCACAGUCAGUGCCUAAUGAUGAACAAGGAGAUGGUGGUUUCAUAGACAUGGAAUUUUUCUACAUCAGUUUCAGUGUAUGUUAUACAGUUGUGGUGAUGACGAUUGCAGCAGUUCUCUACAUCAAUCCAUAUUGGCGACGCAGGUGGUUGUACUUCAUCGAAGACUGCAUCGAUACAUGCUACUAUUUUGUGGUGGCUAGUUUUCGCAAGUUUUCCAACUUCAGAAGGUGAAAUUGUUACUAGGAAGACGGUCAUUCCUAGUUUGCGAUGAUUGUUUGUCUAGUUAUUGGGUUCUUAAUUUGUAGUGUACUGUCUCUACAUCAAAUAUAUAAGCUGGACUUCUCAUUCCUGAACCAUUAGGAAGGGAAAUGAUUUGGAUUGGUCAUUA